AUGGACAAGAAUCUGCAGGCAGAUGUGCACCCAGCAUUACUCGGUGCACACGCAACCACCGCUAACAAAUUGGCACUUGCUGUGUUUCUGGAGUCUCCGGAGUGCCUCUGGGACCUAAAAGAACCUUUGAAUGGUCUGGCCAAGAACCCAUUGAUCUUCGACAUGUGACUGAACAACCAGACGUGGAACUCUUCCUGGCCUGAAGAUCUGGAUCAGCUGGAGGAGACGUGUCAUCUGGUGAUGAUUGCCGAACACUUCGAUUAGUCUCUGUUCCUGAUGAGGGCUUUCCUAGGACUGGAGCGUGAUGAUUUAACUUACCUCCAACUGAAGCCUCGAGCGAGCAACAGCUUGAUGGAGAUAGACGAGAUCAUGAAGGCAAAACUGCGAUCGUGGAACACGCUGGACACUCUGCUGUACGACUUCUUUCUGCAGCUGUUCUGGGAGAAGGAGCAUCAGCUCGGACAGGAGAGGUCAAACACGGUGGUGGUUAAGCUCAGGACCUCUAUGGAGAACAUACAACAGAAAUGUGUGUCUAGGGUCGCAGUGCCACCUGCAGAACUGGAGGACUUGGUGCGUCCGUGGCAACCUGAAUCAGUCACUAUAGUCAGAUACGAGGUGAGAGGAAACCUGUCAAUGGAGGGAUUCUGUGUGAGAAUGAUGCUGCCUGAGCUUCAGUAUCACUCACACUUGUACUUCAAACAGUACGGUCGAUAUACAUCCAAACUCUUAAUAGACUGAAUUGCACAAUGAUCAUGUGCACUUUGAAAAACAUUCU